AUGCUCGCGUACUACGCAAGCCGACGGUGUGUCGACAUUGGACGUUGGAUCGGUUGCCGGCCCGAGGCUUCGUCCGAGUCCUCCGAAUGCCCGCGUCAGCUCGUCACGCCAGCGCUACCUACUCUACUCUCUGUUACUCAGUCUCGCAAUGGCGUUAGUCGGAGUCGGUUUAAUUCCACAAGCAUAAAAGCGAUUUUCGCCGCCACGGACAGUCAAAUUUUGGUACGAUAUCCACUCAGGACUAUUCAUUUCAAGAUCAUGUUCAUCUCAUCA